CCUGGAGCCAUGCACAGUCUGGGAUUGAAAGAGCCGCUGCGUGGGGCUGAGUUACUCUUAAACCAGGACUUAAGCCACGGGGAAUUAGACAAGCACAAGUUCAAGAAGCUCGGUGGAACCUUUGUAGUCAGCAGCAAGAGCAUGCCCAAGUGAAGAAGUGCCAGGGUGUAUUGCUGUUUUCUUUUUUCACUCUGAUUUAUUCUUUCUUUUUUAACACAACAAAGCUUUACAAAGAGAAUCCAAAAAAGAAGACAAACUUCUGUGGAGUGCCUGCUGAGUAAUACAACCUACUGAAGAGGCUUUUCUUCUGUGGAUUUCAAAAAGAUCUUCUUGAUUUUUUUCACUUUACAUUUAAAGGAUGAGAUUUCAAUGGUAAAACCAUUUGGAAUAUGGGACUUUUAAUCUCUGAUUUGGACCACGGGGACAGGAAACUAUGUUUUUGUGCUCAGCUGUGGGUAAUUUUGCUAACUCUUGCAGGUAAGAUCUCUCCAACCAGCUCAGAUGCCCUCCUCCGUUCCUCAGCAAUGACAGCCAGUGCUUCACCACCCAAUUUGUACCUUCCUGCCAACUUUAAAAUGUCCAAUGCACAGCUGGCUUUCUUUUUGCGCGAGGCUCAGAUCACGGGACAAACAGUUGGAGGCAGCAGUAAGAGCAGCAGUAGCCCCAGCCCUGGAAACCCGCUGCAGCGCUCUGAGAGUUUUGUGGUUUUCCAGACGAAGGACCUCCCUGCCAUCAACAUAAGCUAUGGGCCUUUUGCCCGGGACCAGGCCCUGUCCAAGGAGUUGCUCCAGCCAGCUAGUCCACUAGAUAUUCCCGGCCAGCUGACAGUCAACUGGAAAGUGCGGUCUUUCAUUGUCCAGGCCCGGGUCUUCUCUAACAACCCCACAGUCCAGGUGUUUUUUUAUAUUGCUGGUCGUGACUGGGAUGACUUUAAGGCUCAUGACAAGAUGCCCUGCGUCCGUUUGCAUGCCUUCCGGGAUGUCCGUGAAAUUAAAACAUCCUGUCGCAUGAGAGGCAACCUUGCACAGUGCUUGGCGCAGCUGGAGCUGCCUCCAUCUUGGUUUAACACCAAUGUUGCCCCGCUGGGUCGGAGGAAAGGCUCCAAUGAUGGGCUCUUGGAUGGGCUAAUCAGUGAGACUCUCCAGGCUGAGCUCUAUUACACACUCCACGAGCCUAAUCUGGAAGGGGAGUGUAACGAGGCCUCAGUUCAUAGGAGUGGUAGUGUUUCCAGGGGAGAGCCUCUGUCACAGCACCCCCUGCUGCGCAUUGGGAGCAUCAGUCUGUACCAGGCCAGUCAGGAGCAGCUGCUGGUAGACAAGCAGUUAGACAAGAACAUGUUCCUCAGGCUUCCUGAGAAGCCCCUGAAACCUGGCGAGACCCUCAAAAUCUUCCUGUACUUGAUGCCCAACUCCACUGUUGAACAGUUCAGCAUCAAGGUGAAAGCGAAGAAAGGGGUGAACCUGCUCCAGACCAGAUCGAAGAAUGCCCAGUGGAAAGUGGACUGGGAGGUUCAGUCGGGCGCCAAGCAUUCCAUCACCACCAUCGAUGUGAACAAGAGCAAAGCAGUCAAACAGGGGGAUGUGCUGGGUAACGUCGAGGUGAUGCAGCUGGAUUUUGAAAUGGAGAACUUCACCAGCCUCUCGGUGACCAGGAGGAUCAACUGGAACAUCGACUACAAGGGCCAGAACCCACCUCCCGAUUCAGAGAAGGUUGUGACGGAGUUGACGGUAGUGCAGCGGGACAUUCAGGCCAUCAUCCCUCUGGCCAUGGACACUGAAAUAAUCAACACAGCUAUUCUGACCGGACGCACUGUUGCCAUUCCUGUCAAAAUGGUAUCCAUAGAGAUGAACGGAGCAGUCACAGACAUCUCAGCCUCUGUGCAGUGCAAGUCCUCAAAUGAAGACAUUGUUAAGGUGUCCAUAAAUUGUGACUACGUGUUUGUCAAUGGGAAGGAGACGCGGGGCUCCAUGAACGCCAGGGUUAUCUUCAGCUACGAACAUCUGAGCUCACCACUAGAGCUGACCGUCUGGGUGCCCAAACUUCCCCUGCAGGUGGAACUUUCUGACAACAAUCUCAGCUUCAUUAAAGGGUGGAGGGUUCCCAUUCUGCCUGACAGAAGGAGCACUAGAGACAGCGACGCAGACGAUGAAGAUGAGGAGCGGCGGGUGAGUCGAGGCUGCACCCUGCAGUACCAGCGGGCCCUGGUCAAGGUGCUUACACAGUUCCACACCACAUCUACAGAGGGAACUGACCAGGUCAUCACCAUGCUAGGACCCGACUGGCAGGUAGAUGUCACUGACCUGGUUCAGGACUCCCUGAAGGUGGCCGACCCCAGGAUAGCAGAGUUGGUGGACAGGACUGUCCUGGUGGGCCUGGAGCUGGGCUCCACUCUUCUGAAGGUGGAGUCUCCGCUGGCAAUGGAUGCAGUAUUAGGAGAGUCGGCAUUCUCUGUCACAGACGACAAGGUUUCCAUCACAGAGCUGCGGGUUCAUGCCAUCUCAGGCCUGACACUGUCACUGCAGCCCAGUCCUGGCAACAGCCACACCAUGGUGGCCAAGGCAACUGGCCUGCAGACGCUCACUGCUCCUAAGCAGGAGGCCUGUUUGUCCUUCUGGAUGCUUUUCAGUGACAACACAGCAGCCACUCUGACUUACUUUGAUCCCAAAGACUACAACCUCAAUGCCUCCACACUGGAUGACAAAGUUGUGUCAGUAUCACAGGAGCCUCAGCAAAGGUGGCCCAUGGUGGUGGCAGAAGGAGAGGGAUCUGGCGAGAUGGUGCGUGUAGAGAUGGCCAUCUGUGAGGCUUGCCAGAAGACCAAGCGCAAAAGUGUCAUUGCAUCUGCUACAGUUUAUGUCAAGGUCCGCUUUGGGCCAGAGGAAGACUCUGAGGAAGAAGCAACCACUGAGGGCGAGAUUGAGCUGGCACCCAUCACCAGGCGUCCUGUCAUUGAUCCAAACAUCAGUGGAAGAGUUUAUGAGACAUCUAAUGAGCAGCCUGCUAGUGUUCCCAUCGAUUACACCAAUUUCCCCACUAUUAGCAACCAGGAGCGACCCACUGAGAGCGACGAAGAGGAGGGAGACGAGUUUGUGCAUUCACCUCGGAACAUGACCGACCUUGAGAUUGGCAUGUAUGCUCUACUAGGAGUCUUCUGCCUGGCCAUCUUAGUCUUUCUCAUCAACUGCAUUGUCUUUGUGCUUAAAUACCGCCAUAAGCGAAUUCCACCUGAGGGUCAGGCCAACAUGGACCAUUCCCACCACUGGGUGUUCCUGGGAAAUGGCCAGCCACUGAGGGCCCAGUGUGAUCUAUCACCACAGCAGGUAGAAAGUCCUAGUAACCCUUUGGAGGGUGUACAGACUUGCUGCCAUGGAGACCACCAUAGCAGUGGCAGCUCCCAGACUAGCGUUCAAAGCCAGGUACAUGGCCGGGGUGACGGCAGCUCUGGAGGUUCUACGAAAGAGAACGGCGAGGACGCCAGUUCACCCACCUCCAAGCGCAAGAGAGUCAAGUUUACCACCUUUACCACCCUUCCCACAGAGGAGCUGCCCUACAACUCCAUCCCCAUAGCAGAUGAAGAGGACAUUCAGUGGGUUUGCCAGGAUAUGGGCUUUCAAGACCCAGAGGAACUGCAUGAUUACAUGCGCAGAAUAAAAGAAAUAGCCUGAGAUAAGAGGUUCAGUGUGAAACACUGCUCUCAGCUUUCUAAAGAAACAUUCCUUUCUAUUUUUCUCUUUCUCACCUAAGUUAAAGAAAAUUUUUUUCACAGACUAAAAGGCCAGCUGUUGUUUUUGGUUAGGGUUUGUUCCAUUUAGUUUGCACAGUGCUGUAAUCUCAUACACACUCACAUAGAAGAUAAUGCCAGGAAGCCAAAGACUUAACCAGAGGAUCUCAGUCACUAGAGACAUCUGUAAAUCUUGGCUAUAGGAAAAUUUACUGGGAAGCUGAGCCAUGGCCAGAUGUGGAGCUCCCCAAGCUCCCUUAUUUUGAGAAUCUGAUUCUAGACAAAGCCUGAUAUGGACAGGAGUGUAGAAGAGUACUGACUGUGUUUAUUGCUGGCUCACUAGAACUGCAUAAUUAUACCUACUCCAAGCUAAGAGGCCUUUGAUGAACAAAAACAUUCAAAGACUCUCAUGAAAUUUAUGUUUAGAAAUCAUUUGUUUUUGCCAAAGUGGGGAAAGUGUUCUUUUAAUGGCAAAACUUCACUGUUGCACUCGGUGCAGCACACUCGUGAUUUAUAAUCAUGUUCAUAACUUACAUUUUUCUAUAUUUCAUAGGUAGCCACAAGUAGAGCUCUACAAGUCCUCCUGGUUCUGAACAAAUCUAAUGCCUUAUCAAAAUGGUCACAUUUCACUUCUUAUAUCAGUCAACAGACACCCUGGUUUGUCACUAAGGCUAGAGACAGUGUAGUAAGAGAAACUAUUUAACGUACUACUACUGAUCUCGAGCAUGAGGUAUAAAAUAGUGUGUGAUGUGAGGCUUUCUCACAGUCUUUGCAUGGAACAGGAUCUUGAGGCACAAUUAGCCACUUUUUUUUUCCAAAUUUGUAAAUGUUUGUAAUUAUAUAAUAAUUCAUACACAUUACAAAAGUAAAUAUGUUAUCAUGCACUACACGCAUGCCAUGUCGGGCCUACAUAAACGCAGACAUUCCUCUCUAUUAUAUGUAUAUAUUGUAUCAAGCCAGAGUCGCCUCUGUCAUGAACGUUCAGCUAGUAACCUACUCCAAACAAGAGGAGCAGAAAGUUGGUUGAAAUGUUAUAAUCUUGUGGUGAGUAGAGGGUUCUCUUCGGCAACAUCUUAACAGAACUGUAGCUCUUUAACAAAUUAGUAUCACAUUUGACUGUUGACCAUGGGCAUUUGCUAUGCACCAGAAUUGUAACAGAUCCAGUCUUUUUAUGGUUUAUUUCCCUUCCUCAUGUUCAACUGGCCUCCAGGAAAAUAAAAAAAAACUCAUAUAAUGUACUAGUUGGAAACAUUUUCACUGAACACUAGACUAAACUCUGCAGGAAAUGUUUUCUACCCAUUAAGAAGAUUACUUUUGCUUCAUCAUUUAAAUCAUGGCUGUCCCAUAUUGUCGUGCUGUUUUCAAACACAUUGUGGUAUGUAUGUAAUCUCCAUUUAGUUUAAUAUACUCUAGUGAACUUAACAUCUGGAGGUCACAGAUUUGCUUUGUGUGAACUUUAUGGUCAGGGACAGAGAGUAAUAGCUUUUCAGUGGUGUUGCUAGAGGCACAAGAGCUACAAUACGUAGAUGCCAUGGGUGUGGUUAUACGAACAUGUACACUGUAUCUCAGGAUGGUUGAAUACAACACAGCCAGUGGAUGCCAUGUUCAGGUUUUGUUGUGCAGAAGUGUGAAAUGCUGUGUUGAGCUUUUAAAGGUUUACAUUGGUUUUAACAUAACAGAAACAGGAAAGAUCUGGCGGGUUUUGAAAGAGCAUAAAAUAUCUUGUGAGAUUUCAACCAAAACAUUCUGAGGUAGCCAGACAUGUAGUCACUGUGAGCAUGAUAACAGCAGAGCUAAUAGUAUUUUUAAUUGUAGUUGCCCUAUUAGCAUAACAUAUGCUUUUUAGUAUUAGAGUGGAUGACUGAAGAGGACUUUUGAAGGCUGAUGUUAUUCCAGCUUUGAUUUCUUUUCAGGAUUAAUGAAACAACCAUGGGAUAAAAUUUGUUUCUGUCAUUUUCCUUAAUUCUUUGCUAAGGGCUUGGAUUUUUAUUUUAUGUUAACUGACUGAUUUUGCUGAUCCCAUGAGAAAACAAACAUGCUCCCUUUGUCCUCAUAAUGAGCAAGCUUUAUUUGUCAUUCAAAAUGUACAUUUUAUUGCCAUCCUAUCUGCUUUUUGGCCCAUACAACCUUAUUAAAGCCCCAAUCCAGAAUUGUUCUCUUAAUGGCAGUGCUGCUAUACAAAUGCCAGUUUCAUAUGGAACAAAAGCAUAAAAUUCAGGAUAUGGUGUUAAGGCGCCCCCCAGCUCCUUAUUCAUUGACUGAAGACACUAUGUGUGACAACUGAAGACAAUCGUUAAAUGUGAUCUUGAGAUGGAAAUGGUUUGCUUACAGCAA